AUGCGGAUACGUUUGCCCUUUGCAGGCGUCUUCUUCGCCCUCCUCCUCGUCGCAGGCUACGCAGGCCUCACCACCCUCCAACUCGGUCAAUACGUAAACGACAAGGUCCUCCACUUCACAACCUUCUUCCUCCUCACCAUCGUCUUCUACUGGAUCCUCGACACCAACCGCCGCCGCACCCUCAACCUCACCCUCACAGUCUGCACCUUCAUCCUCGGCGUCGGCUCCGAGUUCCUCCAGGGCUUCCUCCCCAACGGCCGCGAGUUCGACUUCUACGACAUCGUCGCCAACGUCGUCGGCUCGCUCGCGGGCAUCGGCCUGUGCUCGUGGUACCACAAGCGCAUGCUCGAGCGCAAGCGCCGCACCAAGACGUACCAGGCUGUCCCCGGGGAGGACGAGGAGGAUGUGGAGCUUGGCGAGGGACAUGAGACUGGUGUUGUGGAGGCUAGUGGUGCGAGGGAUGGGGGUGCUGGUGUUGGUGUUGGUGCUAGCAAUGGGGGCAGGUCUCUUGAGGAAGAAGUCGAUAACUGGGAUGAGAACCAGGUGGACGACUGGGAAGAGGAAGAUGGUGAUGGUGAUAUCGGCGGAGUCAAGAGCAAGGAUAUGGAUACGGGAGAUAUUGGCGAUUCCAAGAAGCGGGCUGAUUAA